UCAUAGCAGCGAGUGGUGGCUCGCUGUUACCGCGCCUAAUGGGAUCAUUCAUUGGGAUCAAUUGGGAUUGGGCGUGUGUAUUUUCGCAGCCACAAAGUUCGAUUUUUCACAUUAUUUUCGUUCCUCUAAAUGAUAUAACACGAUGAAACGCUGGUUGUUUAUAUUUCCUCUCGUAAUCUGCUUCAUAUGGCAUGUUGCAGGCACUCAGAAUACGACUGGUUGUCAUAUUCCACUGGUCAUCAGAGGAUCUUGGUUUUCAUGGGAGAAUGGUAGAAAUACCUUAACGGAGAUAAACGCCAACAGUAUGACUGGACGAGGCAUAUGCGUAAAUGUGCGAGAGGAAUAUCAUGUUAAUUACACAUUUGUAUUUCGCGAUUCCAACACACCAGUCUCAUACGAUAGCUGUUAUCAUUGUGUAAAACUGAUUGUCAGGACGGUAAACGUGUUGGAGAAGCUCGAAGUGAGCUGCGUGAACCUGCCCCAUGGGAGAGAACCUACUGUAGAUAAUGUCUGUGUAGGUUUAAACGCAAAUCAGCACUUGAUAACGUUAUUCUCUGAGAAUUACGUUCCUGUGAACUGCAGAUCUUCUCUGGAAGGAGUUUGGCAGUUUGCUUAUCAAAAUCGUUUUAGAUUUACAGGAGAAUGCAAUCAUCCAGAUGCACAGAUAAAAUCUUGUCAGACCGCGGGCACCCAGUUUCUCAUAACCAAUCAAAAAUUCAAUAUCACUUACAAGCAAUGUCCCGGAAUGAAAGGAACCUUUGACGGAUUGGUAGAGUACAGUUGCCUGGGCGAUUGGUUUGUCGACAAGAAUCAUUUCUUCGCGGUGGCAAACACGAAGGAGUCGCGAAAGGACGAGAAGUACAGAUGCUUCUUAAAGAAUCGCGACGACGAUUUGUACAUCGGUGUUUCGAUCACCGCGGAAUGUAACACUCUCAAGACUGUCGAAAAGAGCCCCGAACGUUUGCGGAUCACACCAGUUAAGGCCGAGGUAGUCGAGCCUGGUUGCCGAUUGCCCGAGGACAUGUCUGGAAAUUGGAUAAACACCGCUAAUAUUGACGCGGACAUUUUCAUUAACGAAACGCACAUCAUCGAGACCUGGUAUCCAGACGUGGGACGUUAUCGACGAACGAUUUACGUCUGUCGCGAACAAAGAGACUCGAGAGUGAUGAUGGCGAGGUUGACAGUCGAUGGAUGCCAAAAAGACUACGUUUGUUUCGAUUUCGUUCGACGACAUCACAAUAUUAUCCGAUACAGACGUGGAGUGGCUGUGAUAAAAGAUGAUUUUCACACGGUGUGUUCUUGGGUGCAGUUUUCCAACAAAGAAGCGUGGAAGUAUGAUCUGUUUUUAGCGAAAAAUCCCGUUCCGGUACGUUGCCCGAUAGCCGGCAAAUUUAUGUUCCAUCAAAAAGGGGACGUUCUAUUUGAGACUAGGAUUCUAGGCGGCGUCACUAAAUCUCCGCGACCAAAUAUUUACUGCAAACAGAACAUUUCCGACCUCUCGGUCUGCAGUACCGAUCAAAAAGAGAUCGCCAUCGAUGAAACGUAUUGCCUGUCCGUGGAUCACUUGGGAAAACCGGUUGACAUUUACAGCGACCCGGAUUACAUAAUGAAGUGCAUUGGAUAUUGGAAGGAAAAUUUAAAGUCAUAUCUAGUAACGUACGACGAACUAGAUCCUUUUAGCAAGUAUCGCUGCUGGGUAUAUCAGAGGGCCGAUUUGAACAGAGUGCUCAUGUCUCAGGCCAUCGGUCCAUUUUGCGAUCUCAAACAAGACGUGACGAGUCAAAAUUACACGGAAGGCGCUGCAGUCGCGCUUGAAUUACAGGAAUACGAGCGUGAACGCGAUCAAUGUCCGAUGCAUUUUGAUGACGGGAGCAAUCCUUGGGUUCAAACGGAAAACUUUGUCAACGUCUUCCGUUUUGGUAACGGUGGCAGUACGAAGAACCGUUUUUCGUUCUUCAUUGUCGUACCAUUAGCAGUACUCUAUUUUAAAAAUAUGUAAAUAACUGUUUGCACUGCGCCAAAUCGUCAAUUAAUUCUUUCAGCGAUAAACAAUUAAGAUAAACAUUUAAGAUAAAUAAUAUCACACGUGCGCGCUCGUAAGCGAUUCUCACAGUGGUUAGUAUCAUACACGUUCCGUCCAUACGUGGUUACACGUGCCUUGAACUCUAUUUACAUUUAUUUUUAUAUAGGUAUACAAUGUCUAAUGUGAGAUAUCUCGAAAGACAUUGAAAAGUCCGUCCAUAAAUUAUAAAAAAAAAAAUCUCUUAAAAUGGAUACGUUGUGCUUCGCGUAUUCAUCGUAUCAGUUUUAUUAUGUGUGUGUGUGUGUGUGUGUGUGCGUGAAUAAGGAUAUUUAUGAACAAGAUUUAGUUCAGUUAUUUUUAAUAUUUUUACUGCCUGAUAGAAUAAUUUAAAAUUGUGUUGGUAUGUAUGUAUGUAUAUAUAGAUUGAUCAAUCUAUGAAUUAAAAAACAUACCCA